GCAAAAAGGGGUGAAAAAUAGGCAAUUCUAAAGGCUAAGAGAAUUAUGUGCGAUUGCCAAAAAAAAAAAAAAUCCUUUUCCUUCUUCCAUAUCACAGGAAGGAAAACAUGGCCACGGGAGACGAGGCUGGAAGUCAAUUGAGGGACGAAAAUCAGGAUGCAGAGGACAACGUAGAUCAAGAAGAGCGGGACCUAGGGGAUCAAGGGUCGGCAAAGUCACUAGGAAACAGGGAGAGGAGCAAGGACGUUGUGCUCGGGGAAGAUUCAGGAAAGAGUGGGGGAAGUAAACGGGGGACUCCGGGAACCAAGGAAGUCAAAGACACGGAGAGUCCGACACGUCAGCAGCCCGAGGGGGCGGAGCUGAAAAAGGUCAGGCUAACGGAUGCACGGAGGAAGCUAGCCGAAGUAGAGAGACGCACGGCAGAAUACAGGGCAAAACUAUUGGAAGAGAUCAUGAACGAUGCCGAGAAAAAUGCCGCUGAUGACAGGACGUGGGAAGAAGGGGAAGUGGACCUCGGGCAAGGAAGCCAGGAUGGGGAUGCACAACACAGGAAGGAUCGGCCUAGAGACACGAGGGACAUCCCAACAAGGAAAGGGAAAGAAGAAAUAAAAUUCCUUAGGGAGGAUAAGGAUAGACCAGUCAAUCCACCCCUACUGGACAGCGGAGCAAGCCUACCCUCGGUGUCGCCUGUAAGUGCAAGAGGAUGCGAGGGACUCUGGAGCUUGAGGGAAAGGGUGCCAGGAUGGUUUGACCCGGAGGGGAUCGCAAAGCCAAAAGGGCAACUCGAUUUUAGCAAGGAAGGCGCCGGUCCGAGUUCCGCGACAGGACCUGGGAUGAUUAAGGGAGGGCUUAGGAAGGUGGUGUCGUCCCUCACGCGUGCUCUAAGCAAAAACCAGGGAUACUUGGCCGACGCCAAGAAAAAGUUGACUUUCGAUGGAGGAAACAUCACCAAGUUCCUAAUCGAUUAUGAAAAUCUAGCAGCUUUGCUAAGAUGGACUGAGGAGGAAAAAAUGGAGCACCUAGGCCAGCAUGUGUCACUCAACCUAGGUAGGGACAUAAUGGCAAUCGUCGCAAUAAGCGGAUCAUGGAAAGAGGCCAGGGACAUGAUGAUGAGGAAGUAUCUAGCAGACGAAAAGAUGGCCACGGAGGCGGAACUGGCUACAGUGCAGAGGAAGAAUUUCGCAACAUACAGCGACUUCCUAAGGGAKUUUACYCUCGUAGCWCUACGAAUCCSCGGAGUGACGGAYCGRAUAAUGAGCAAGUAYUUYCUWAAGCAGUUCACCGAGUUUGACAAAGAUAAGAUCUUGUCCGCCUAUCAGCAGACAACAAAGUUCCUGAACACUAGAGACGUAGAUUUCAGCACUAUAACGGAUAUUGCAGAGAAGAUGGUGGUGACUGACUCAUUGGCCCUGCUAAAAGAAGGAGAGAUCAUAGAUUUGACAGGCAAGACUGGAGAUAAAGUGAAGAAAGGAAUCGAAAGCCUGCACGAGCGGGUCCAUGGGGUUGACGGCAAGAUAGAGAGCGUAGAGAAUGCAUUAGUGGUGAUGCAAGCCUAGGUCUCGCAAACGCAAGCAGCACGACCCCCCCUCCCGCCACAAUAGGCAAUCGUACCCCCAGGGAUAACCAACCGCGGUA